AAAAACAGACCGAUCUUGUCCUUUUCAGUGUAUAACGUUGUUGCUAAAACACGUGGCGAACAGUCUAAUCAUUGAAUUUAAAGUAAAAUACGAGCAUAAUCACAAUGCCUCUUGCUAAAGAUCUACUUCACCCAAGUCCAGCAGAAGAAAAGAGGAAGCAUAAGUUAAAAAGGCUUGUACAGAAGCCGAACAGUUACUUUAUGGAUGUCAAAUGCCCAGGAUGUUAUGCAAUUAAAACAAUUUUCUCGCAUGCACAGAGAUCAGUAGAGUGCGAUGGUUGCCGUACGAUAUUGUGUACAUCCACUGGUGGUAAAGCUCGGUUGACAGAAGGUUGCUCCUUUAGAAGAAAGGUUCAAUGUUAAUGUAACAAUGAUUAAAACAACAUAAUGUAUCCAUUUCUCUUUAUAUUAAAUAAAUAAAAAGAAUUAUUGUAUA